AUGGAGACAAAAUGGCAUCCAUUGUUAGCUCAACCCCAAUAUUCUCCUUUACUUCGAAUCGUUUUCAUAUUCAAUGUAGCUCAUUCGAUGUUUCUUCGAGAGGUUUAUCUCAUUUUCGAUAGUAUUCCGUUCGAGAAUAAUCAAAUCGCGGAGGUGUUCGCGAAACUCGGCGAAUACGAAUGGGCCUCGUGUGGGAAAUUCCGCAAAGGAGAACUGGCUGGUGGUGUGAAUAUGUCGGUAAUCGUGAGCUCUCAAUGGCUUUCAUCACCGGAGCUCGAGCUGCGCGUCAUUUUCGAUGGCGAUUCUAGAUUCGAAAGUGUUUUGUCGCUCAUUUGUCAGGAUGACAAGAUUUACGCGGGCGGAGUUGCGGAAAUCUACGAGGAGAGAAACCCGCAGAAUCGUCGAAAGUUUGGGUGUGCGGUUCUCGUUGAGAAAUUCGAGAAUCGCAUUCAUCCGAAUGAUCCGACGACGUCGAAUGCCGUCGAAACGCAGACGAGUGAGAGGAAUAAUGCACCGAAAACGAUUAAUCAGAAUACACAGUACACUCCACGAGCUGUCGCGAACUCGUCUGAUAACACCGAAGGAAUUCUUCUCACAUUCAACCAGAUAGUGGCGAAUGUCGACAAUCUGCUCGCGAAGCGAUUCGACAAAAUCCGGGCAGACAUGAGACCGCGAGAAGCGCAAACGAAAAAAGCUGAGGAGGAGGUCGUCGAGGAUCCGAAACCAUCGGGUUUCAACACCUACAAUGUGAUACCGAGAAUGACGAAGUUGUCAUUGUUGGACCAAAUGAUUGUCGAGAAGAUGAAGGUGUUGGCGAUUCUCGAGCACAACUCGACAGUUUACUCGCAAAUGAAGAGAUUGAAGGAGGACGAGAGAAUCAUUGAGCGAUUGUAUGCGGACAUUGCGAAGUCGCCGAAAUUGUUGGAGCACUCGACAUCGAGCUCAUCCUCAUCUCGCUCUUCUCCCUCGUCCGCGACGUCUUCGCAUCAACCGACGUCGUCAACCGAUGCAGCGAUAAGCGAGUUCCAAGAUCUGAAGGAGGUCGUCGAGACAUUCCAGCAAAGACGAGAAGAAAUCAUGAAAGAGUGGAACGAAUCGAGAAUGAAGAUAAAAUGA